CAUUCAAUGGCAGUUUUAUCUACUCUCUUCUGUCUCGGUUUGAGAGAAAUUAGCAAAUUGAAAACAAGAGGGCAGAAAUGAUUGAACACGAAGAAGGAGAAAAUCCGACCGUCCUUCCGAACCCUCCCGCGAAAGACUUGUCGAUCGAACAGGAGCUGGACUUGGACCUGGAACUGGACCUCGAUGCUUCCUGGCCGUUCGAUCCAAACCCCUUCACUUCAUACCCUUUCCCUCCCUUCUCCUCAUCUCCUCCUCAAAACCCUAAUAACCACCAUAAUCCUCCGCUAUCCUCCUCCGAGCAGCCGUCUUUGCCGCUAUGGGUUUUCUCUGACACUGAAUGCUCGCAAUUUCUUCCAUAUAAUUUGGAUUCGAUAGUUGAGAUUCCGUCAGAAGAUGAUGGCAGAAGAGAGCAGCUGCCAGCAUCUACGGCAGAAGCGGUGGUGGAGAUUUCAGAUGGUUCGUUUGUGAUCAAGGAGAGAAUGAUGAAAGCACUUCGAUAUUUCAAGGAGCAGACGGAACAGCAUGUUCUGGUUCAAGUUUGGGCUCCUGUGAAGAAUGGUGAUCGUUAUGUUCUCACAACUUCUGGGCAACCAUUCAUUCUCGGGCUUCACAGUAGUGGUCUUUCUCAGUAUAGAUCGGUUUCUCGGAUGUAUAUGUUUUCUGUGGAUGGAGAAGGUGGAGGAGAUUUCGGACUCCCUGGCCGCGUUUUCCAGCAGAAAUUGCCAGAAUGGACACCUAACGUGAAAUAUUACAGUAGUAAGGAGUACCCACGCCUUAACCAUGCUCUCCAUUAUAAUGUCCGAGGUACCUUGGCAUUGCCAGUUUUUGAACCUUCUGGGCAGUCCUGUGUUGGUGUAGUGGAGCUUAUAAUGACUGCGCAGAAGAUAAACUAUGCUUUGGAGAUUGAUAGAGUUUGCAAAGCUCUCGAGGCUGUGAAUCUGAAAAGCUCUGAAAUUUUGGAUCAUCCAAAUAUGCAGAUAUCAAUAUGUAAUGAAGGCCAUCUAGUUGCCCUGAUGGAAAUUUUGGAGACAAUAACUGUGGUCUGUGAGAAACACAAACUGCCUUUGGCUCAGACAUGGGUUCCAUGCAGGCAUCACAGUGUUCUAGCUUAUGGUGGUGGUUUGAAGAAGAGCUGCACAAGCAUUGAUGGAAGUUACAUGGGACAAGUCUGCAUGUCAACAACUGAUGUAGCAUGCUAUGUGGUAGAUGCUCGCAUGUGGGGGUUUCGGGAUGCUUGUACCGAGCAUCAUUUGCAAAAGGGACAGGGUGUGGCUGGAAGGGCAUUUGCAUCACAGGGGUCAUGCUUCUCCAGCGAUAUUACCCAAUUCUGCAAGACAGAGUAUCCACUGGUACACUACGCACGCAUGUUUCAAUUAAAGAGCUGUCUUGCUAUAUGUUUACGGAGCACACAUACAGGAAGCGAUGAUUAUGUUGUAGAGUUCUUCCUGCCACCUCAUUGCAGGGAUAUUAGAGAACAGCAUGACCUAUUGGACUCUCUUUCAACCACGAUGAAGCAGUGCUUUCGGAGUUUAAAAAUUGCCAGUGGAAAAGAACUUCAGGAAGAAGGAUCUCUUGAAAUUGUCGGAACAUCUAACAACAAGAAGCUCGAUGCAGAUAGUGAACACGUUCAGAAUCAAAGCUGUGGAAUUCAUCUUCAAACAGCCCCCGAAACUGAAAUUCCACCAGGACAUGAUGAUUUAGGAAUUGACAGAUUGCAGGAAGGAGGAAUAAUUCUUGAUUUGUUGGAGAAGCAUGCUAUGAUAGAAGAUGAUGGUCAAAAGAAUGCCAACAAGCUUAUUUAUUCAGAUGCAAAUCCAAUGCCUGUUUCUUCCUCUAAUACUAAAAGCUCACGGACAGGCCAAAGAAAGCGAGGCAAGACUGAGAAGUCUAUAAGUUUAGAGGUUCUCCAGCAAUAUUUUGCAGAAAGUCUUAAAGAUGCUUCGAAGAGCCUUGGUGUUUGCCCAACUACCAUGAAGCGCAUCUGUAGGCGGCAUGGAAUCUCCCGUUGGCCAUCUCGCAAGCUCAAGAAGGUGAAUCGGUCACUCUCCAAGCUGAAACAAGAGAUAGAAUCUGUUCAAGGCGCAGAGGCUGCUUUCGAUCUUGCUUCUCUUGCAAUGAGUCAACUUCCUGUGGUUGUCAGUUCCAUUCCUUCUCCUAUUCAUUUAAAAGGACCCAAACAAAAAUCAUUGUUCACCAAACCUUCUGAUAUCCAGGUAGAAGGAGAGAGAAUUGCUGAUCUGUGAACCACCACAGAGUAAUGAUCAUGGCAGCAAGGAGAACGUCAUACUUGAAGGAAGCAGAUUGUCAGCCUGUCAGGAACUCUGUGAUCAGAAGGUUCUCAGAUUGACCUCAGGAAGGACUCCUGUGGACUGAAAACGAGAGGCAGUUCGGGUGGAGAGAGCACGGAGGCCCUAUUUUCUCAAAAUUAAUGUCUAGGUCAAACUACGAACGAGAUCCAUUUCAAUAAUCCAUUUGCUACUUCCAUUCGUGAACUGAGAGUAAAUUGCAGUGGUUGGUUGGGUGCAACAUUUGAACCCGCCUGCUAACUAACUCCAUCCGCUGUUUACUCGAUACCAGAUCUUAUAACGAUGCAACCACAGAUGCUUCUGGAUGUACUGCUAACCGAGGACUCAUGAAGCUGUAAAGAUUUCAGAGAUAUUUGUAAUGCAGCUGCUGUGGCUGUCAGGAUGAGUGGAUACCUGAAUCUAGUUGGGUGAAUCCUCCAUGUCCAGAACCUUCCAAUCAUCAUCCUGGAUUUUUCCUAUUCGAACUCUGCUACGUACAACAGGUUUGCAAGAGGUGAGGACCAUCACCAGAAAGGCGACUUACAAAGAAGACAUCAUUAGGUUCCAGCUUGCUUUUGCAUGCCAGUGCGGUUGAGUUGGCAUUGAAGAGAUUGAAGUUGGAGGUGGGUACUUUCGAUAUCUAGCAUUUGGACGACGAUCAGGAGUGGGUCUCGAUGGCCUGUGUCAGGCAGGCAUUUGAUCAGGCUGCUGAUUCAGGACAUUGUUGCCGACUUUGGGAGCUUUUGUGAGAGUACAAGAAGAGCCCCAAAGAUGGUUUAUCAUAUUGUUAAUGUAAAUGUCUUUGCUCCCAGACAGGUGAAAUUGUAGAGUUUGGUUUUGGUUGGCUGCUCUCCUGUUGUAAGAUAAUAGAAUUGGAUUGUAGAAAUCCAGUUUAUUUCCAUUCGUUGAUUUCCUAGACAUAAUAUCUUAUUAUCUUGAGUUAUUAUUUGUUGGAGUA